CGGAAGCAACGUGAGUCGAAAAUGUUCACAUGUGUGUUGAAUGUAAUGCACAUUCUCGUACAAAAAUAACAUAUUAUAGUAUAUGGGGACGCAACGCUAUACUACCAUACACAGCGUAUGAGCCGUAAAGCAUGGGGCAAACAAGCUUAGAUAAGAUCAUUGCGCUACAGAAGAACCCUUCCAACAUCAGGAACCUGUGUAUUCUGGCACAUGUUGACCAUGGCAAAACAACUCUGGCCGAUUGUCUUGUUGCGAGCAAUGGUAUCAUAUCAAGCCGCCUAGCUGGGAAGCUGCGGUACCUGGACAGCCGAGAGGAUGAGCAGCUCAGAGGGAUCACCAUGAAGUCCAGCGCUAUCUCUCUGCACUACGCAGCUGGAGAGAAGGACUUCUUGAUCAACCUGAUCGACUCCCCGGGUCAUGUAGACUUCUCCUCUGAGGUGUCCACGGCGGUCAGGCUGUGCGACGGAGCCAUCGUGAUUGUGGAUGCCGUGGAAGGAGUCUGUCCACAGACUCAGGCUGUGCUACGUCAGGCCUGGCUGGAGAACAUCCGUCCUGUCCUGGUCAUCAACAAGAUAGACAGACUGAUCAUGGAGCUGAAACUCUCGUCUCAGGAAGCAUACACACACCUGAAGAAGAUUCUGGAACAGGUAAAUGCUGUAACAGGUGCUCUUUUUACAUCCAAAGUGCUGGAGGAGCGAGCAGACAAGGAGGAGGAGAAGAAGGAGAAGAAGAAGGAGGAGGAUGAGGGGAGGGAGGACCCUGAGGAUGUGCUGGAGAGCCCGGGAGAGCAGGUAUACGACUGGAGCGCAGGUCUGGAGGAGACGGAUGACUCCCACCUGUACUUCUCUCCAGACCAGGGCAACGUGGUGUUCUCCAGCGCCAUCGACGGAUGGGGCUUCAGCAUCCAGCAGUUUGCUGACAUCUACAGCCAGAAGAUGGGCAUCAGGACAGGAGUCCUGCUGAAAACACUGUGGGGAGACUUCUACCUCAACGCUAAAGCCAAGAAGAUCAUGAAGGGAGCACGGGCAAAAGGGAAGAAGCCUCUCUUCGUGCAGCUUGUUCUAGACAGCAUAUGGAGUUUGUACGACGCCGUGGUCAUUCAGAGAGACAAGGACAGGGUGGACAAGAUGGUGUCGUCUCUGGGGGUGAAGGUGCUGGCCAGAGACUCCCGUCACUCAGACCCCAAAGUCCUCCUCGCUGCCAUCUGCAGUCAGUGGCUCCCUGUCUCACAGGCGGUGCUGUUCAUGGUGUGUGAGAAGCUGCCCAGUCCUCUGGACAUGGGGUCAGAGAGGGUGGAGAGGCUGAUGAGCGUGGGGGCACGGAGGUUCGACUCUCUGCCCCAGCAGACCCAGGAGCUGAAGACAGCCUUCCUCCAGUGCUCCAGUGAAGAGUCGGCUCCAGUCAUUGUGUUCGUGUCCAAGAUGUUCGCCAUCGAGGCCAAGGCCUUGCCCCAGAACAAGCAGAGACCACUGACCCAAGAAGAGUUGGCAGAGCGCAAAGAGAAGGCCAGACAGCGACAUGCUGACAGGAUGGCGGCCAAUCAGCAAGCUGAAGCACAGGAAGGCUGCAGCCAAUCAGGAAAUAGUCCCCAGACUGUCCAUCCUGCAGAAGACAAUAGUACAGGUGGCUGUGCAGGUGGCUGUGCAGUUGGCUGUGCAGUUGGCUGUGCAGGUGGCUGUGCAGGUGGCUCUGCAGGUGGCUGUGCAGGUGGCUCUGGGGUCUCGGCCCAGAUGGAGACUCUGAGUCUGAGUGUUGCCAGACCUGAGCAGGUGGAACAGAAGGAGGUGUUCCUGGCCUUCGCCAGGGUCUACAGCGGGGUGGUGAGAAGAGGCCAGCGAGUGUUCGUACUGGGCCCCAAGUACGACCCUGCCCAGGGGCUGCGAGCGCUGUCGGAUGGCUCUGCAGCAGACGAGCCUGCCCCCCCUGUACCCCACCUGCAGAGCUGUUCCCUGGACCACCUGUACCUGCUCAUGGGCAGGGAGCUGGAGGAACUGGAGGAGGUGCCCUCAGGGAACGUUCUAGGUAUCGGAGGUUUGGAAGAGAGCGUGUUGAAGUCCGCGACCCUCUCCACCUCCCCCGCCUGCCCCCCCUUCACGCCCCUCAACUUCGAGGCCACGCCCAUCGUACGUGUGGCCAUCGAGCCCAAGCACCCCAGUGAGAUGCCUAAGCUGGUGCGGGGGAUGCGGCUGCUGAACCAGGCUGACCCGUGUGCUGAGGUCCUCAUCCAGGAGACGGGAGAACACGUGCUGGUGACGGCAGGAGAGGUCCACCUGCAGCGCUGCCUGGACGACCUGAGGACCAGGUUUGCUAAGAUAGAGAUCAGUGCCUCCAAGCCCAUCAUCCCCUUUAGAGAGACACUGGUCCGGCCUCCCAAGGUGGACAUGGUCAAUGAGGACCUGGGGAGACAACACAAGGUGGCUGUCAUACACCAGGUGAAAGAGGAGGCGUCACAUGGCCGCUGCUCAGACACCCUCCAUCUGGACCCCAGCGGCCUGGUCACCCUGACGACCCCCAACCGACAAGCCACCCUGGGGGUCUGUGCCACCCCCCUCCCUGAAGAGGUGACCCGCCUGCUGGAGAGCAGCACCGAGCUGAUCCGGACGCUGGAGCAGGUGAACCUGUCUGUGAGAGAGGGGAGACUCAUGGACGUCAGUCCCAGGACCCUGGAGGCCAUCGUGGGCCUGAAGACCAGCCUGGAGAGCCUCCUGCCAGGCCGCAAGUGGAAGAACGCCGUGGAGCAUAUCUGGGCCUUUGGACCGCGGAGGUACGGACCCAACCUCCUGCUGAACAGCGUGGAGGGCUACCACAGGUCGUCCGUGUGGCAGUGCCUGGAGAGGGGGGGGCGGGCGGAGGCGGGGGAGCAGACCGUCAGGGACUACGACAACAGCAUCGUCAGCGGCUUCCAGCUGGCCACCCUGGCCGGGCCCCUGUGUGAGGAGCCGCUCAUGGGAGUCUGCUUCUCCCUGGAGACGUGGGACAUGAAGUCCGCCCCCCAGCCUCCGCACCAGGACUCACUGGAGGAGGACUCCAACUCCCAAGAUGCCUCGGUGGCGGCGGAGGCCGGAGGCAACCAGAUGGAGAGCACGGCGGCGAUGGCGGCAGGGCCUGGACAAGGCCGGCGGCGGGCGGAGCCCGGGGCGUCGACAGACUGCUACGGGCCGUUCUCUGGCCAGCUGAUCGCCACCAUGAAGGAGGCAUGUCGGCACGCCUUCCAGGCCCGGCCCCAGAGGCUGAUGGCUGCCAUGUACACCUGCGAGAUCAUGGCCACUGCAGAGGUCCUGGGUCGUGUGUACGGUGUCCUGGGGAAGAGAGAAGGCCGUGUUCUUCAUGAGGAGAUGAAGGAGGGAACAGACAUGUUCAUCAUCAAAGCUGUGCUUCCUGUGGCCGAGAGCUUCGGAUUCGCUGAUGAGAUACGCAAGAGGACCAGCGGCCUGGCCAGUCCUCAACUGGUCUUCAGCCACUGGGAGGUGAUCUCCAGUGACCCGUUCUGGGUUCCUACCACAGAAGAAGAGUACCUCCACUUUGGAGAGAAGGCCGACUCCGCCAAUCAAGCUCUGAAGUACAUGAACGCGGUCCGCAGGCGCAAGGGGCUGUACGUGGAGGAGAAGAUCGUGGAGCACGGAGAGAAACAGAGGACUCUCGGCAGGAACAAGUAGAGACUGGUCUGGUCUGGUUCAGACUAGUAUGGACCAGCGUGUUUUGGUCUUGUCAGGUUCAGAUUGGUUUGGACUUGUCUGUUCUGGUUCAGACUGGUUUAGACUGGCCUGGCCUGGCUUGGUUUGGUGAGGAGAGUGAGCGAGUGCUGGGACCAGCUGUGUGAAGCUCCAGGGAGACCUCAGUGCACCAUCUCUGCUCCCUCGCUGCCCCACACAGCUAUGCAUAUCUGAAGUGUUCUUGCAAAAAAAUCUAGCAGUUUCACUUUGGUGAAGUGGCUUGAAUUAAUUUUGCUCUCACUCCCCCUCUUGAAUUUCAUUAGACAGACCCUGAAGACUGGCAUUCAAUUUUCAAAACAUAAACGUAGGGAAAAUUGGGAAAUUAGAAGUGCUUUAAUUAUUAGGGGACCGCAGCAACAAGCUCUGGUCUGCUUCCUGUGUCGAGGGCUCUGCUCUAGAUAGCUGUGCGCAUGAAAGCAACUGCCACUCGCUUGUGUUUACUAGGAAACAUUAAAUGAAUACAG